ACAACAAACGAGCUACAGACCCACGGGUCAAACAUGGGAAGGGUAGAAUCAUUUACGGUUGCAUUUACCGAUAAUACAAAAGUUUACUAUCCAGGGAGUGUUCUGAAUGGUACAGUAUUCGUCAAAAUAAGCAAGGAACUCAAACUUAGAGGAAUCAGAAUUGAAUUUCAUGGCGAAGCUCGAGUAAAAUGGACUGAGAAAAGUCACAGUCAGUCAUCUAGCGGUCAUAGUCAAACUACUACGCGAACCUUUAGUAACAAACAGAUAUUUAUUAACAGCUCAGCUACUCUCUUUGGCAAAGCUCCUGGAGAGAAAGCAGACAAUCCUGUCCUUCCUGCUGGAGACUAUUCAUAUCCCUUCUCCUUCCUCAUCCCUGAGCAAAACCUGCCGUCAUCUUAUGAAGGUAAAUAUGGACAUGUCAGAUACUGGCUUAAAGUCAUUAUUGACAGACCUUGGAGGUUUGAUGUUACUACCAAAGCUGCCUUUUCCAUGAUUGAGUUUGUAGACAUCAAUGUUGCUCGUCUAGUGAACCCAAUGCAACAAGAGAUUGAAAAAAAUCUCGGCAGUUUGUGCUGUGUGUCUGGUCCRCUGACAAUCAUUGCGAUGACAGACAGGGGGGGCUACUGUCCAGGAGAAUCAAUUGCCAUUUCUUUGUACAUUAACAACAAAACAGACGAAAAUCUUCCUGGGAUUGAAGUUUCUUUGGUUCAAUAUGUCACGUUUAUAGCAUCAUCAGGUUGGAGUCGUGAUAAACAGAGAUCUGUAAAUCAUGAAAUUAAGCGCCUAACAGAUGUUGGCGUACGCCGUGGUGAUGAACACCAUUACCCUUCCAUGCUUAUUCCCGUCCCAUCAGUUCCACCCAGUAUGAGCAGUUGUAGCUGUAUAAGAAUUCAUUAUGAACUUAAGAACCUCCUCCCUCUUAUGCCGAGUGUGUGUACGGCGGUGCUUCCAUUCGCGACGAUGAUGAUCACCAAGAUGGCGCCAUGGGUGACAUGAACUUCGUGCCUAGCUAUCCCUUCGUCAACAACUACCAACCCCCAACCCCUCAACAAGCAACGGCUCCUCCUAUGAAUGUGGUCAWAUAUUCAAAUGUUUGAUAUUUUAAUUCAAGCAAGACUUGAAUGACUGAUGAGACUUACAAAGUUGUCCGCCCCACCCUUCCCCCCCAAAAAUAAUUUUAGUUGAAUUGCGCCUAAAAAAGAGUAAGUUACAGUAAUACGACGACGAAAUUGGCCAUUUUUGUAGCGCAAAAAAAACAAAACAAAAACAAAACAAAACAAAACAAAACACGAGGCGUUAACGAUUGCGCGACAAGUAUAUACAUUUUUGGCUAAAAAAAUAGUUUUACUACAAUAUAGGUGACACACUGAAUAUAAACGUAACACUUUGUUAUGUAGUGUUAAAAAACGAGCAGGAGUAUUUUAUCAGGUAUAAAAACACGAUGUGUUGCCGAUAAGGUCUCGCGGCAUAAUUUUAAAAUAUUUAACAGGAUUACUACAUGGCGUUUACAUGGGAGAACAAAAUCUCAGCACAAUUUUGCYGUUUAUUCAAUUUGAUAACAAUUUUCCAGCAAAUAAAUACACGCCACAAAUGAAUUUAAAACAAGUAAGGUAAUCUAAUAUUUAAGUAGACUGAUGAUAAGAUAUUCUGUAGAAAUCUAGUGUAAAUGUCGAAUUUGUUUUACCGAAAACUACCAAAAGUUAUCUUGGGUUUAUGUGGGAACCAUGUAGGGGACUCUAUGUCCUUUUGUUCCCUCACCGGCACAUUUUUUUUCUGUACGAAUCUUUAAAUCAAUCAGUCAAUAAAUAAAUUAAAAAUUUUUUUAGGA